CAUUAGUGUAAGCUAACCCUGUCGGUGUGUCUGCUGGAAUGGCCAAUGUGUGGCCGCCCUUCACACGGACAAGAAUGUGCGACCGAAGACGGCGACACUCUGAGCCUUGCUGCAGUAGGCAGGGGCGUCGUUGCCGAGUGACGAACACACGGCGCGCUCCAGAUUCUGCUCGUUCUCCUCAGAGUGCUUGCCUGCAUCCACACAAAAAGAGGAGAAGGUAUCUUCAAGCUGCACGGCUCGGGGGCCAGCUGUGUGUAUCCUCUCGUGGUGCAUACCAUUGAUAACGACGUAAGGGACGUAUGUGUGUGGUGGCUUGAGUGCCUCUGUCGCCUUGGCUGCCCCCUGCAUCAGAUGGGUCCCCUCGCCGUCUUUGGUGCACGUCUCGAUGGCGGAUCUCUCCCCCGUGUCGACGCACUGCGCCCAGUCCUGCGGAAGGUCCUUCUCGAUGCAGGCGAUGGCAGCGAGGGACUUCUUGGAGUAAUGCAAGAUGCAGCCCUGCACCACGAGACACAACUAACAACAUUGCCAUCCAGCGGGCGCUCUUUCGGCUUGCCUGUAUUGUAUUGAGUGCGCAUUCGGCCUCGCCGUGCUGGCACUGAGUUGAAAGUGGGAACAACCAUCUACGUUUUUCUGGCUUCGCUCGGCUCACCUUGAAGUGUUUGCCGUCGGUCUUUGCAUUGCCGUAUGGAAACAUUGUGAGAGAAACGAAGGGACGCAGAGGCGACUCCAUCAAAGGCACCUGCGAGAGAGAAGAAAACACAUAAACCAUCCAUUGCAGUCUUCUCAACGGCGGGAGGAUGCACUCACGAGGCUCAUCUCGAUGAAUUUGGCCGAGAACGGGCACAGGCUUUCGUAGUAGACCUCUACUGACACUUGCGAAGCGGCGUGCACAAGGUGGGACUCGCGGAGAUCUGCCAGCAGACGCCCAUCGAUGUGGUCCAGGGCAGCUGUGCAGAUGACCAGCAGGAAGAAGAACGCUCGUGCAUCCAUUUUUCGCUGCUUGAGGG